UUUCGACUCGUGUUAUCAUUCCAAAACAACUCAUUCGUUGAAGUUUUUCGUAAGAAAAUGUGACUAGUUGAACGUUUGUACUUCUUUUUUUAAUUAUCUAAAAGCUUUUGUCAACUUCAUAAGUUAAUUCUUUACUGUAUGUUUUCGUAAUCAUGAAUUUCGUAAGUUGCGUCAAGUGGAUAAAGCAAGGUGUCGCUAAACGAGAACCAGACAAUGUCCAUUUGACUGAAGAGGAACUUCGAGAAAUCGUCGAGCAGAAAAGUGACGAAGAAGAUGAAUCUGGUAAACCCUCGAAACCAACUUCUUCAGACGACGAAUACGACUUCAAGAAUUACGACAAUGAAGAUGAACUGCGCGUGAGUAUCAAAGGUAUAGCAACUUUCGAUGCAGAUAAGAAAAAGAAGAAGAAGAAGAAGAAAAAUGAGAAAGAGAAGAAACGAAAACGUGACGAUUCCGAUGACAGUGAAAAAGAAGAUGAACUUAUUAAAGAAGACGACAACUUGUUAAUUGUAGGCCAUGUUGAUGACGACUACAACACACUAGACGUAUAUGUUUACAAUGAAAACGAUGGCGAUAUGUAUAUCCAUCACGAUAUGGUACUAAAAUCGCCAGCGUUAUGUGUCGAAUGGUUAAACAUUCCCGGCGCUUCUGAAACCAGCAACGUUUGCGCUAUCGGCAGCAUGAAACCGAUCGUUGAAAUUUGGGAUUUAGAUAUUAUCAAUUCAGUCGCACCUGUCUUCAGAUUGGGACGUCGCAAAAAAAAGAACCCAGAAAAGAAUUACGGUCAUACCGACGCUGUAUUAAGUCUUGCAUGGAAUACCGAAUUGACUCAUAUUUUAUGCAGUGGUGGCGUAGAUAAUAGAGUAUUGAUGUGGGAUUUAGAUGACGGAAAAGUCGCCACCGAAAUCAACUCUUUCAGCGAUAAAGUUCAAAAUCUCGCUUGGAAUCCACAUAAUGCUAAUUUCUUAUUGACUGGUUGCGCUGAUGGUGUUCUACGUAAUUACGAUUGUCGCGUAUAUGACGAAUUUAAAGAGAUUAAUUUGGAUUCGCCGAUCGAAUCGAUGUUUUGGGAUGUAACGAAUGAGCAUAGAUGUUUCAUCGGCACCGAGGAUGGUCAAAUUCGUCAUUUAGAUUGGCGCAAGAAAAAGAAACCCAUUCACCAAUUUCAAGCUCAUAGUAAAGAAGUUACCGGCCUAUGUGUGGAUCCUAAUCAUCCGGACGUGUUAGUGAGUAUUUCCACCGACGAAUGUAUGAAAUUAUGGGAUACUUCGAAUGAAUACAAUAUGAUAACCAUGAAGGAUUUAAAGUUGGGAGGUCUUCAUUGUAUUGAUCUGAAUCCAGAUUUUCCAUACUUAGCGGCUGUCGGAGGUAUGUCAGAAAAACGUGGUAAAACAGUUCUCAAAGUUGUUAGUUUAGAAGAAUCAACUAAACCAGAAAAUGUUUCUAACGAUGAAUUUUCCGAAUGAAUUAUUUUUAUUUCGUAUUCGUUUUAUUCAUCAUUUUAUAAACGUUUGUUGACAAUUAUACAUUAUUUAUCAAAUAAAUACAAAAUUUAUGUACAAAAAAAA